GCGCUGUGCUCAUUCUGUCUUUCUUGGCGCAUCAGCGGAGAAAAGGAGAGCAGAUAUUUCUUUCUCUGCCUUUGAUUUCUCUUUUAAGCUUCGGCUCGAUCGUCUCUGACACCCGACCGCACAACAGGGCCUGUUUUCCUCUUCUUGAAAAAGCGUUCGUGCGUUUUUUUGACAUUUUUUCAGCCAUAACGGUUCAUCCAGAAGAGGGUGAAGAUGUCCGGAUACCAGGGCAAGAAGAACAUCCCUCGCAUCACCAGUGAGCGCUUGUUAAUUAAAGGAGCGAAGAUCGUGAACGAUGACCAGUCAUUUUUCGCGGAUAUCUACAUGGAGGAUGGACUCAUCAAGCAGAUCGGUGAGAACCUGAUCGUCCCCGGCGGGGUGAAGACCAUCGAUGCUCAUAACCGCAUGGUGAUGCCGGGAGGUAUCGAUGUCCACACUCGCUUCCAGAUGCCCGACCGAGGCAUGACGGCAGCCGACGACUUUAAUCAGGGCACCAGGGCGGCAGUGGCAGGAGGAACCACCAUGAUCAUCGACCACGUGGUUCCUGAGCCCGGGACCAGCCUGAUCGCGGCGUUCAAUCAGUGGCGUCAGUGGGCCGACAGUAAGUCGUGCUGUGAUUACUCGCUCCAUGUCGACAUCAUCGAGUGGCACAAAGGCAUCGCAGAGGAAAUGGAGAUGCUCGUCAAGGAACACGGUGUUAACUCUUUCCUGGUCUACCUGGCCUACAAGGACUUCUUCCAGCUGACCGACUCUCAGAUCUACGAGGUGUUCAGCGUGAUCCGGGACCUCGGAGCCAUCGCACAGGUCCACGCUGAGAACGGAGACAUCAUCGCAGAGGAGCAGCGUCGAAUCCUGGACUUGGGGAUCACCGGACCAGAGGGACACGUUCUGAGCCGUCCAGAGGAGGUGGAGGCCGAGGCAGUGAACCGCUCCAUCACAGUGGCCAAUCAGACCAACUGUCCUCUUUACAUCACCAAAGUGAUGAGCAAGAGCGCAGCUGAUGUCAUCGCCCAGGCCAGGAAGAAAGGUACCGUGGUGUACGGGGAGCCAAUCACGGCCAGUCUUGGCACAGACGGCUCGCACUAUUGGAGCAAAAACUGGGCCAAAGCUGCAGCAUACGUGACCUCGCCACCUCUGAGUCCGGAUCCCACUACGCCCGACUAUCUCAACUCCCUGCUGUCAUGCGGUGACCUCCAAGUGACAGGCAGCGCCCACUGUACCUUCAACACGGCACAGAGAGCUGUGGGCAAAGACAACUUCACCCUCAUUCCUGAGGGAACCAACGGCACAGAGGAGAGGAUGUCCAUCAUCUGGGACAAGUGUGUGGUCUCCGGGAAGAUGGAUGAGAACCAGUUUGUGGCGGUGACCAGCACGAAUGCGGCGAAGAUCUUCAACCUGUACCCGCGUAAGGGCCGCAUCGCUGUGGGAUCAGACGCUGACCUGGUUCUCUGGGACCCUGACCUCACCAAGAUCAUCUCGGCCAAGGAACACAAUCUGGCGGUGGAGUACAACAUCUUCGAGGGCAUGGAGGUCCGUGGAGCUCCUCUGGUGGUCAUUAGCCAGGGGAGGAUCGUAGCAGAUGAGGGAACCCUGCACACCACCGAGGGCUCGGGGCGCUACGUGGCCCGCAAACCGUUUCCCGACUACGUCUACAAGAGGAUAAAAGCUCGCAGCAGGCUUGCCGAGUUGAGGGGCGUUCCACGUGGCCUGUACGAUGGGCCAGUGUGUGAGGUCACCGUCACCCCCAAGGCUAUGACUCCUGCUUCUUCAACCAAAACGUCUCCGUCCAAGCAGCCGGGACAGCCGGUCAGGAACCUGCACCAGUCUGGAUUCAGCCUCUCCGGUGCUCAGGUUGACGAUAACGUUCCACGUCGCAGCACUCAGCGCAUUGUGGCGCCCCCUGGUGGCAGGGCUAACAUCACCAGCUUGGGUUAGAGUUCUCGGCUUCCCGCAGGAGAUAUCAGGGGGUUGGAGAGCGUUUACAAGUGGAGGCGUUCCCAAUACCAACGCUAGGUCCAGAGUUGAGACUCUCCACUCCUGAAACCCACUAACCCUCCUUUAAUCUCAUAAUCCCCUACUUUUACCCCUGAUUCCCCUUUCUACCCCAAGCCCUAAACCCUUAUCUGUAAACCUUAAACCCUAAACCCUCUCCUUGAGGAAAAAUUUAGCUAAAAACAAGUAUUUGCCUCAUGUGAAGAUAAAAGGAAAAGAUUUAACACUCCAUAUUUGAGCACCUUGAUUGUAUGAUUUAGCAUUUUUUAUACUGUAUUUUUACCUAUCGUGUGUCAUUUGAUAUAUUUUUUUCCUUUAUUUAACACCUUUUUUUUAUUGGAGGGGUCCAGAUUAUAGGCUAAGCAGUUAUUGUUUACCAUUAUAACUUUAUUUAACAAGGUGAGUGACAUAUAGAGUCCUAGCUUGGAGCACAUCCAGUGGCAUAAAGUUGUUUCUUUGUCAUUGUUGGGGAUUUAAUCUCAUUUACUGUAAGCACACUAACCUAAAGGAUCCGUUGCAUAAUCGGGAAAAUGAAGUUCGACUAAGAUCCCAAAUGUAUUUCGGUAGUUUUUACUUAUAGUGACUAAAAACCGAUCGGUUUAAAACAUUAGGGAAUCAAACGAAUCAAACGAAUCAAACUAUAAGUGAGUCCUUUCCAUUUGGUCACAUGAUCUGAAGAAAUCGAAUCCAUACAAGGAAGUGGCUUUAAUGCUUCAGCGUUCAUCGUGUGAUCGAUAGCUGAUUAAAUCGGCGCAAGGCGCGAGGACGUUUUCGGCUUGUCGCGAUUAAUCAGGUUCCAGAAGACGCGAAUCAGGAAGAAGCGAAUCAGGAAGACGUGAGUCAGGAGGACACGAAUCAGGAAGGAGCGAAUCGGGAUGACGCAGAUGAAAAAUUAGGAAAUAACAGACAAAUGUCCUAUUUUUUAGUUUGCUUUGUUCUAGAAUUGUAACUUCUCCCGUUCCUGUAGAGAGAUUUGAGAUUAUUCGAUUAUCGUGGUUCGUUUUUUUCAAUGAAUAUUUCGCAGGUUCAGAUUUUUUUAACCGUAUUUAAAUUCCGCCAUUACUUUCUUCGAUAACAUCGACACAGCAUUUUUUUUAUGCAGCCGGAAAUGAAAAUGUAAUAUCUUCUGAUUUCAGCUAACACUUUACGCCUGUGCCUAAAGUAACAGAAGUUUUCUGAUCAUUUUAAACCUUUUUUUUUUCCUUUUCAAAAAAAAAAAAAAACAAAUAAAAAAAAAAAAAACAAGGCUAUAGACGUUGAAUAGCUGAAGUAAACCGAUGCAAAGGUGCCAGAUUAUAAUUUUUUUCUCAGGCCUUUUCUACAAGGGUCUCGUGUGUCGCAGUGCCAUCACAGGGGUUUCAGUGUCAGUGUUAGUGAUGUAGUGCAAAACGGAUCAUCUACAAUAAGGGACUUUCGCCACAUCGACUGAAAAAAUAAGAAAGAAAGAAAGAAAGAAAGAAAGAAAGAAAGAAAGAAAAUUUGAUGAAGGGGUUGAGCCAUUUUUUUUAUGGACUUAAUUUAAAUAUGGACCAUGUACAACAUCACAUAGUUGUAGUGUUGUGAAAAAAGUGUUGCGCUUGAUCUUUGUAUAAAUCAUUGGAUCCUGAGAAGUUCGACUUUUUUUUUUUUUUUUUUUUUUUUUUUUUAAAUGUGUCGUGUUUUUCUCUCAUCUGUAAAAUUCUUGGCUCCUCUGUCACUCACCUUUUCUCCCCUUGACUACACACACACACACACUCACAAACACACACACACACACACACACUAACAUAGAGGCAGAGAUCUUUCUGGGGUUUUUUUCACACCUCCUUCCCAGUCGUACUCUCUUGGCUGCCGGUUCCUCGAGCCGUUUUAACUCUAUAAGGAAUUCUGAAUAAGAUCACGAGAGCCGUGGUGCUGAAGGUCCUGCAUGAAGUAAACGAGGGGAUUUCCGAAUGGAAGUUAGAGCGGGAUUAGUACGUUAGCACGUUAGCAGCAUCUUUUUAAAACCUCUUACGGAAUUGUGUGCUGAAAAAAUGUUGGGGAAAAAAAAUGGUACGAUCCAAACAACAUAUUUUCAGCAUGAGGUUUUUUCAUUGAGACUUUACUGGAAUCUCGCCAACACUUUUUUCAUUUUAUCGGUCCUCAUAUUUCAUUGAACUAAAUAACGAUGUCUGUUUUCCUCUGUGACUUCCCUCCUUCCUGCGUUCAUGUGUUAUCCGGCCGUUACUAUGACUACAGCUCAGUGUUUGUCAUGGCAACACACUCUGAAACGUCGGAAGUUGCCUGUAGCAACGCUUCCAGACACGGUGCUAUAAGAACAACAUUGACUCAUUCGGACCGUCGUCUUUUUUCUUUUCUUUUUUUUUUUUUUUUUUUAAGCUGUUCCAUGCUGUAAGAUAAAACACAUGUUUGUUUCUUUCUCUGUUCAACUGGAAAUGGUUCAACAUGUGCGUAAUGCUUUCUCAUCUUCGGUGACAUGAUGUUCUCCUCUCGUCUGGGGGUGGCAUGUUCUGUGUGGUGCCGAGACACAGCUGGAGAGAUCUAUACGACGACACACUCCCCAAAAAAAAAAAAAAAAAGGAGAAAAGAGUAAAGUAUGAACCCACAGAGCCGCUGGUGUAUGCAUGCAUGUGCAUUAAGCUGAUGUAAAAACAAAAAAAAACAUGCCUUAAGCUUCGGGCUUUGCCUCC